UUGAUUUUUAUAUCAGCAGACUCCUGCUUUACUUAACUCCUAUAGCUGCCUCAAGCCUGGCACCUUACAGCACGUGGUGGUUCCAGUGGCUUAGUUUAGUCAAGGUCUAUUCAUGCAGGCCAGUGUUCCAACCGAAUACACAAAGAGCAAACAGCUCUAUAUCCAAGGAGAAUCGGGACUCAACAAAGUGCUACUUAAUGACAGGAAUUACGUAGUGAACAGGUAAAGUAAUCGAUAAACUGAAGUGUCACAAUUGUAUCAAUUUGGUACAACGAUCUGGAACAUUUAGUACAUAUACAGAAGCAAACAAAACAAAAAAAUACGUUAUUAAAUAAAAUAUCCAGGCUGCAAAAAAAAAGUGUUCAAGUUCUACUCGUAUGUUUUAAUCCACAACUCAAAGUUUAAGCAGUGUCAUAUAUCAGCACGGUCGUAUCGUGUGUCAAAACAUUGCAUUCACACGUUUUCCAAGGAAUCUACUAUAAAAGCUAUGGGUAUACGAAAGCCGUUUUGGCCGGAAUGAAACACUGACGACCUUACAGGCAGUACUGUGAUUGCACAGCUUGUGCUGAGUUACUACAGGGAAGUGUUCCUCGCUGUUCAUAUGAAUGCUGGCAUGAGAAUAAAUGAGAUGAAAGAUAAGGAGAAUCCUGGACCAGUUAUCGGGACAGAGAACCGUGAACUAAACCACGGGGAUCCAGAUAGAGUUUCCCCUUUGCAGAAAGGGGCCGGGAGGCUGCCUCUGUCCAGGAAACUCUGCUAUGCGAUCGGGGGAGCUCCGUAUCAGAUGACUGCCAAUGCACUGGCCUUCUUCCUGCAGAUUUUUCUGCUGGAUGUGGUCCAGAUGGAGGCUUUCUAUGUGUCCAUGAUUCUGUUCAUGGGCCGGGCCUGGGAUGCUGUCACAGACCCUGUUGUUGGAUACCUGGUGAGCAGAAGUGGGAUGACUCGAUAUGGCAAGCUGAUCCCGUGGAUGGUGCUGUCCAUGCCCUUUGCAGUCCUGACGUACUUCUUGCUGUGGUUCACCCCUGCUGACACCAUGUCCCCUGCCUUUAGCUUCUCGUGGUACUUCAUCACCUACUGCCUCUUCCAGACCUUCAUCAGUUGCUACCACGUGCCUUAUUCAGCUCUGAACAUGUUCCUGGGAGGAGAUCAGAGAGAGAGAGACUCAGCCACAGCAUACAGGAUGGGGAUGGAGGUGUUUGGGACCCUGGCAGGAGCCACUAUCCAGGGCCAGAUUGUGGGAGUGUACCACGCCAAGACGGUACAUAGCUGCAGCAUGCCGAAAAGCACAGAGCUCAACAGCACCUCGCCGCUUGCCGACACCCUCGCCAACACGAGAAGGGCCUAUGCGACUGCGGCCACAGUCCUGUGUGGGCUUCAGAUUGUCUGUUGUAUAGUCAUGUUCCUGGGAGUAAAAGAGCACCCAGCUCCGCUCAGCCCAUUGGGCAGAAUGAAGAUGCCGUUCUUCUCUGGUCUGAAGUGCAUAGUACAGCACACGCCAUAUGUCAGACUUGUUUUUGGGUUCCUGUUCUCAUCGCUGGCUUUUCAGCUGUCGCAGGGAAACCUUGCCUUGUUCUGCACUCAUGCGGCUGGAUUUGGGGCUUACCUUCAGCACCUUAUCCUUACACUCCUGGUUGCGGCCACUCUGUCGAUCCCCAUGUGGCAGUUUCUACUUGUUAAGUUUGGAAAGAAGACCAUGCUUUUUGUGGGCUUGUCAUGUUUUAUUCCAGCUCUGAUCUCCUUGGCCUCAUUCAAAAGCAGCCUGGCGCUGUUCUUCACCAUGUCUGUGUUUGCUGGGAGCAGCUUGGCAGUUCUCUAUCUACUACCAUGGUCCAUGCUGCCUGACGUGGUGGAUGAUUUCAAAGUAAAGAACCCCUCCUACACCGACCUGGAGCCCAUGUUCUACUCCUUCUACGUCUUCUUCAAUAAACUUGGUGGUGGGGUGUCACUUGGAAUUUCAGCCCUGAGUUUACAUUUCGCAGGUUACAAGCCGGGUGCCUGCUCACACAAGCUGGCAGUGAUCACCACUCUGAGGGUCCUGUUCGCUCCGGCCCCUGUGGUGCUGCUCCUCCUGGGCAUGCUCAUCUUCUACUUCUACCCCAUCAACGAGGAGCGGAGGAGAGAGAUCAAGAGAGAGCUGGACAAGAUACACAGGGAAGAGAAGGAAACCAUGGAAGAUGUGAACGAUGCUUUGUAGCUGUGCUUUUACAAUCUGCUGCCAAACGGAAACCAAGCCGGUGCUACUGUACUGCCAUGUGCACUCAGAGGACUUCCAAAAAUUGAAAUUGAAAUUGAAUGAUCAGUCAUUGUUAUGUUAUAUAAUUUUUUUUUUGUUUACUAAAACUGUUUGAUAUACAGUGACCCAGUGGUAAAGUCACGGUGACAUCUCGUUGUUUCUUUUUUAAACUGGUAUUGCGUGGUUCAGGUAUAUUGUAAUAAACUCUCACCACAAUGACGAGGGCCUGGAAAUACAUCUCCGUCUAAUAUAUGAAGCAGGCAGGUCUUUGUAAAACAAAAGCUCUUUUAUAUUCCUCAUUCCAUGGAAGAACAGAAGAGUAAAGAUUCUGUGUUGAACAGGUUAUCUCUUAUUUAUCUUCACUGACAGUAGGAAACCUAGACGGUAUACUGUCUUAUUUUGUAUGCUUGCAAAUUAUUAUUAUUAAUUUUAAUAAUUGUGUUUUUCUAUAUAUUGUAUUUAACGCUGUAAAUCUAUAUACAAUAACAGUUCAAA